AUGUACGUCGACAUGCGCCGCAAGAUGCCCACAAUCGCCUACGCGCAGAUGCAAAACAACUGUCUCGAGGUGGAGUACCAGCACCUCCACGGCGACAUUAGCACCGCGCUGGACAGCUUCGGCGCGCGUGUCUUUGGCGGGCCGCAUGAGGCAGCGAAUGUGUGGUUCGGCACGCCGGCGUCGGUGUCCUCGAUGCACCAGGACUGGGUGGAGAACCUCUAUGCGGUGGUGCGCGGCGUGAAGGAGUUCCUGCUCGUCGCCCCGUGGGAGGGUGUCUUCGUGCCGAAGCCCGAGCUCCCCUCCGCCGCAUUUGCCGUUCAGCAGGAGCAGGAGAGCGGUGAUUAUGUCUUCAACAAGGCGCCGGUGCGUGACGGCACAACAGUGCCGUGGAUGGACGUGGAGUUUACGCCCGCCGCGAUCGACGACGCCUCACUCAUGACGGCGGAGCUGCGCGAGCGGCUGCACCCGCUGGUGGUGUACGUGCAGCCGGGCGAGGUGCUGUACCUCCCCGCCAUGUGGCUGCACCGCGUGGCGCAGCACGCCGAUAGCAUCGACAGCAGCGAGCGCCGCGUGGCGGGUGAUGAAGCGGUGGCGCCGCUUCCACUUAUUGCGGCGGUAAAUUAUUGGUAUGACAUGAGCUUCACCAACCCCGCCGUUGUGAUGUUGCGCGAGUUUGGUCUCCUACUCUGA